ACACACACACACACACACACACCUACGGACAGAGCUCACUUCAGAGGUUGGGCCAGUUUCCCCUCCGCACCAUGUGUGACCAGACGUUUUUAGCGAUCACGUUCGGCUCGUGCGAUAACUGCAGCCAGAACAAACCUCUGAUGAACAUCUACCUGCAGAAUGAGCCGGUCAACUUCUGCUCACUGUGUGUGGAGAAGAUGGCGUGUCAGGGUCUGGGGAAGGGAGAGAGUGUGGCGUCACUGAAAGCUGAAGUGGAGUGUUUAAAGGUUAAACUGGAGCAGGAGAGAGCCAAACUGCACGAUGCAGAGUUGAACCAGGUGGCGGAGAAGGUGGACGCUCUGAGUGUGUUCACACUGAAGUGUCGCCGCACGCUGAAGGGUCACAGUAAUAAAGUGCUGUGUAUAGACUGGUGUAGCGAUAAGAGACGCAUCGUCAGCUCCUCACAGGAUGGAAAGGUCAUUGUCUGGGAUGCCUUCACUACUAACAAGGAGCACGGGGUCACCAUGCCGUGUACCUGGGUGUUAGCGUGUGCGUAUGCCCCCUCUGGUUGUGCGAUAGCAUGUGGUGGGUUGGAUAAUAAAUGCUCUAUCUAUCCUCUGUCUCUGGAUAAGACUGAGAAUUUGGCCUCGAAGAGGAAGCAGGUGGCCGUUCACACCAACUAUGUCUCAUCCUGCAGCUUUACCAACUCUGAUAUGCAGAUCCUGACCUCCAGUGGUGACGGGACCUGUGCAUUAUGGGAUGUGGAGAGCGGGCAGCUGCUGCAGAGUUUCCAUGGUCACUCAGCUGACGUGCUCUCACUGGACCUGUCUCCCUCUGAGACAGGAAACACCUUCGUCUCUGGAGGCUGUGAUAAGAAGGCUAAUGUGUGGGACAUGCGAUCUGGUCAGAACAUUCAGUCCUUUGACACCCAUGAGUCAGACAUCAAUGCUGUCAAGUACUACCCGAGUGGUGAUGCUUUUGCCUCUGCAUCUGACGACUCUACCGUGCGUCUGUAUGACCUGAGGGCCGACCGUGAAGUGGCCGUGUACUCUAAAGAGAGCGUCAUCUUCGGCGCCUCCAGCGUGGACUUCUCCCUCAGCGGGCGUCUGCUGUUUGCUGGUUAUAACGACUACACUGUAAAGGUAUGGGACGUGUUAAAGGGCACGCGGGCGGCGAUCCUGUACGGCCACGAGAACCGGGUCAGUAAGGUCCGGGUGUCGCCAGACGGUACCGCGUUCUGCUCGGCAUCAUGGGACAACACGCUACGGGUCUGGGCCUGAGUCUUGGAGCUGAACUGACCAUAUAGUCAUGGAUUCACGUCAGAAUCUUUUAUUUCUAAACUUUAUAUUUAAUGAUUAAUUUAGUUAAGCAGUAAGUGUGUACAUUAGGAGACAGCAUUACGCUCUGUAAUGUGAUGGAGCAGUAAGAUGUUUAUAAAUACUAAAGAUUAUUAUCAUGUAGUGAAAAACACCGACAGUAAAUAGUGUUGUGAGAUCAUAA